AUGAACCCCCUCAAGAACUCGCGCUCCGCCCUCUCCCGUCUCCUCCGCCACAAGCCCGCCGCCGUCCGGCCGCAGCCCCCGCCCCCGCCCCCGCCGGUGGUGCGGGAAACGGCCGCUCGGCACUACCACGCCGCCCCGCGCCGCCCAGGGUUCAUUCAGUCCUUCAGCCGAGGGCCCCUCCGCCACGAGCCCGCCGCCCUCUUCCGGCCGCCGCCGGCGCAGGCGCAGGUGCCUCCUCCCCGGCACUACUUCACCUCCUCCCGCCGCCCGGAGGUCAUCCACUUCGCGCGCCGCCGCGGCGGGGCGCGGUGGUACCACGACAGGCGGAAGGUCGCCGCGGUGGUCCUCCUCGCCGGCGGCGGGACCAUCGUCGUCUACUUCGGCAACCUCGAGACCGUGCCCUACACCAACCGCACCCACUUCGUCCUCGUCUCGCCCCAGCUCGAGCGCCAGCUCGGCGAGUCCCAGUUCGCCGAUCUCAAGAAGGAGCUCGCCCCCAAGAUCCUGCCCCCGCUCCACCCCGACAGCGUCCGCGUCCGCCUCAUCGCCUCCGAGAUCGUCCGCGCGCUCCACCGCGGCCUCGCCGACCGCCGCAGUGACGACUUCGAUGACGCCUCCUACGGCGACAUCUCCACCGACAUCGCCGUCAAGGCCCGCGACUUGGAUGCCGAGGACGUGAUGCACCGGGUCUCGCCUGGCAAGACCGCGGGCACGGCCGCGAGGGCUCAGCGAGACGACGAGCUUCUCGAUGACAGGUGGGUCGCCGAGAGCCGUAGACGGGGGAAGGCACGCGGAGCGCAGCCACAGACGAAGCACCUCAAUGAGCUCAAUUGGGAGGUGAUCGUCGUCAGAGAUAAGCUCAUCAAUGCAAUGUGCUUGCCCGGUGGUAAAAUUGUAGUCUUCACUGGAUUGCUCGACCAUUUCAAGACGGAUGCUGAGAUUGCGACAGUGCUUUCGCAUGAGAUUGGGCACGCUAUCGCGAGGCACUUGCCAGAGAUGAUCACCAAGGGCAUGUGGAUGGAGGUAGAGGCAGAUCACAUCGGGCUCAUGCUUCAAGCUUCUGCUGGUUUCGACCCACGCACAGCUCCCAAGGUCUACGAGAAGCUAGGACAAAUCGCGGGCAAUCAGUCAGUACUGAAAAGCUACCUCUCUACUCAUCCUUCGAGUAAGAAGCGGUCCGAGCUCUUGUCUCGAGCCAAGGUAAUGGAGGAGGCGAUGCAGCUAUACAGGGAAGCUUGCGCCGGCCACGGGACCGAAGGUUUCCUGUAG